AUGUCGACAUCUGAUCAUCCAGAGUCAGAUGGUCAGACGGAACGCGCCAAUCGUGUCCUCGAAGAGAUACUUCGAGAAUACGUACACUCCUUUAAGAGUUGGAGUGAGUUCUUGCCCACGGUAGAGUUUGCCAUCAACAACUUGGUGCAUGCGUCCACGACACAUACACCGUUUUACGUGAAUGGCUUGCGCCAUCCGCGUGUACCCACCUUACUAGAGUGUAACUCUGGUUUAAGGGGGGGAGGGACUCGCGCGAGCAAAAACCGAUUUGGUUCACGCUCAUCACGCUCUGACGAUGAGGUCAUUGCGUUUGAUGUCGAUAUCGACAACAUUGAUAUCGAAGAAGAUGAUUCCAGUGAGAGCGAGGAAGCCCUCACUGAAGAAAAGGUGAUGUCGCUGCAGUGCACUCACAGCGCACUGAAGCUAACGAGUCAGCAGAUGAGUUCAUACUGGCUCGUGAAAGGGUAG